AUGGAUGAUUUCUUAUGUAAAAUGAUGAACAGAUUUAAGGUUUUUUGUUAUCAGGUUUCUUGGCGGAGGGAUAGAGAUACAUCAUGUACAUAUCAUAGAACAGAUUUAAGUGGAAUACCAUGUUGUCAUGCUAUUGCAUGCAUAUGGUAUAACAAGAAGGAGCCCGAAGAUUAUGUUUCAUCAUUCUAUAGGAAAUCUAUUGUUCUGGCUACUUAUAGCCAUAUCAUCAUGCCAACCAAUGGCCCACAACUAUGGCAUGUUAAUGUUGCUAACCCAAUCAGCCCUCCAGUCAUGCGAAGAUCUAUCGGUCGUCCUAAGAAGAAUCGUAACAAGGCGAAUGGCGAACCAUGGAUAAGAAAUACACUGCCUAGAACUCUUCAAACUGUCAAGUGCAAGAAAUGUCGGAGUUUUGGCCAUAACAAAGGAACGUAUAAAGGGAAGCGAGCUACGGAGAGAGCGAUUCCUAAAGGUGGCAACGAAAAAUCUAAAAAAAAGGGUGACAAGUCGGGCAAGGAAGCGGGAGAAACUGUUGUAGACAGAGGGUCGCAAGCACCGCCACCAACCCAAGAAUAG